AUGGUAUCCGCACAAGAACGGCUUGCAGCUCUCAAAACAAAGCUCGAGCAGGCCCGCAACGAAAACUUGAAAGCGGUCGAGGAUGAGAGCAAACGUCGUCCAAACUCCUACAACAACAGAAAGCGGAGUUCAAGUGACGCCGAGCUGUCCGGAAGCGAAGAAUCUCCGCCCUCUCUCAAAAGCUCUAAUUGCAAGCGGCGGCGCGUCAAACGUGAGAGAAGCACUGCUGCGGAAAUCGGCUCCGCGGACGAGGCGGAUGGCGAAGAUGAGGACGAUGGGCUUCGCAGUAUGAAGAGGCGGGCCAAGAACAUGAAAAGGUCUAUGCCACUAUCUGGUUCGGGUGAGGAAGACGGCAAGCUGCAGACUGUUGCCUAUGGCUUGACGGGUCACGACCCAAAGGCGGAGAACAUUGACCGGAUGGUGAACGAGUUACAAGAGGUCGACAAGCGGCGCAGCAAGUUCCAUCGGCGAAGAGCGUUCGACGAGAACCGAACGGAGAUCACGUUUAUUAAUGAGGGUAACCGCUUGUUUAAUAAGACGCUAGACAAGCACUUCGAUAAGUUUGAGUCGGUUCAGAAGAUUAAGGAUAGUCUCGAGCGAGGAACAGCGUAA